GCGCGAAUGAUUGACAGGCAGAACGUUCUUCUGAUUGGAGGAGCGGCUGUCAGUCACACAGCUCCUCAGCGGCGACCGUUUACUCGCGAUAUAAAAUUAGUUAUUAAAGCGCUUUUGUUUUGUCGCCUCAGUAUAACCGGACCAGCACGUGUAAAAUCGCUUUAGAGUAACGUCUGCAGCUAAAGACAAUAAAAAGAAGCGUCGGUUAGUGGAAUUAACGCGGGAAACGCAUCGUCAGCUUUACGCGUGAGGAGAAACUUCCCCCGCCGGAACCGAGGGCAGGAAAGCUGGAAAAAGCGGAAAUAAACAGUCGCGCCGAAAGAGGAACUGCAGCUAUGGGCGGAAUGCGAGGCUAGUGAGUAACUUUACUACAGCGAGCAGCGCGAGGAUGUGGAUCGCUCCUGAAGAAGUCGCGCUGAAAAACGCGCUGAAGCUCUGGGUGACCGACAGAUCCAACGAGUAUUUCCUCCUGCAGCACCGGCGAGGACACGGAGACACCGGAGGGAAGAUCACAGGUUUGCUGGUGGGCGCGCUGGACACCGUGCUGGACUCAAAUGCGCGCGUGGCCCCGUUCCGGAUCGUUCUGCAUGUUCCCGGGUCGCAGGUCAGCUGGGUCAUAGCCAGCGGAGCCACGAUAGAGGAGGUGCAGAAACACUGGAAAUGGCUGGAUCAGAACCUGCUGCCGUACAUGGCUGUGUUUGAGAAUAAAGAAGACGCUGCCAGUUUUGUGCAGGGCAAAGUGAAAGGUUUAAUCGCGGAGGAGGUUUUGGGCGGUCAGGCUGCACGGGAGGAUGAUCCGGCACGCUUUCGGGAAGAUCUGGCGCGGUUCGAGCAGCGCUUCGGACUCCCUCAGCGAGAGAAACUGGUGACGCAUUACUCCUGCUGCUGCUGGAAGGGCCACGUGCCGCGCCAGGGCUCACUGUACCUCACCACCAACCACAUCGCCUUCUACUCAUUCCUACUGGGCAAAGAGGUGAAGCUGUUAGUUCCGUGGGCUGAAGUGAUGCGGCUGGAACGUGUGUCGGUGGGUUUGCUGACGGAUGUGAUCCGUGUUCACACGAGACGGAAACAGAGGGAUUUCUCCAUGUUUCUGAACGUGGACGAGGUGAUGAGGGUCAUGUGUCAGCUGGCUGAUAUCGCCCUCCGCAGGCUGCUGGACAGCGGUGGACUCACACUCGACCAGUCACUGCAGGACUCCACCAACAUAACCAAGAGGGUGUUGGAGGAACAGGCUCUCAGGCAGUACGUGCUCUCUCUCUUUGGCUUGCCGCGGGCCGAGCGUCUGCAGGAAGUAAUGUCAUGCUCGGUUUGGACUCCUCACGCCCGCUGCCACACGCCGGGCACCGUCUACACCACAGAUGGGUAUCUGUGCUUCAGCAGCCGUGAGGAGGGCCAUUGUACUCUCAUCAUACCCCUCACAGAGAUCCUCUCCAUUGAGAAAGCGGAGAGCACCAGUGCUCUCCCUAACCCCGUCAUCAUUAGUGUCCGCUGUAAGCGAGCGUUCCAGCUGAUCGAGCUGCUCCAUCGGGACGAGCUGGUGGAGAACGUCAGGCACCGGCUGAGAGAUCUGCACUGGAAACAGAACUUGAUCUGGGGACACGAGCAGCGCAAGAAAUCCACGAUCUCCUCCACACCAUACUACACCUUCUGUUACGACACCGUCCAAUCAGACGAGGAGGACAGCAGCGCCAUCAUCUCUGAUAAAGCUCUGCGUCACACCGUCCACACCGACCUCGUGUCCACAUUCCACCCCAGCCAAUCAGACGCUCCGAACAAGACCAGUAACACGGAGCAGGUUCGAGAGCGUUUGUGGGAGGAACACUUCACCGAGUUCGGUCGCGGCGUUCACAUGUUUCGCACGGAUAAGAUCCGUAAGCUGGUGGCGCUGGGGAUCCCCGAGUCUCUGCGCGGAGAGCUGUGGCUCAACUUCUCCGACGCGUGUUCCUCGCUGGCAGCUCAUCCCAGCUACUACGCGGAUCUGCUGGAGAACACAGAAAACAGCUACGCGUGUUCCUCGCUGGCAGCUCAUCCCAGCUACUACGCGGAUCUGCUGGAGAAAUGCAGAGGGGAAAGCAGCAUCGCCACAGAGGAGAUCGAGCGAGAUCUGCACCGCUCGCUGCCGGAGCAUCCGGCCUUCCAGAACGAGACGGGGAUCUCAGCGCUGCGCCGCGUCCUCACAGCCUACGCCUUCAGAAACCCCGCCAUCGGCUACUGCCAGUCCAUGAACAUCCUGGCCUCCGUGCUGCUCCUGUACGCUAAAGAGGAGGAAGCGUUCUGGCUGCUGGUCACUGUGUGCGAGCGGAUGCUGCCCGACUACUUCAACCGCAGGGUCAUCGGUGUGUGCUUCACAAUCUCUCUACAACCUGAACACCUGUCUGCUCAUCCCAGCUACUACGCGGAUCUGCUGGAGAAAUUCAGAGGGGAAAGCAGCAUCGCCACAGAGGAGAUCGAGCGAGAUCUGCACCGCUCGCUGCCGGAGCAUCCGGCCUUCCAGAACGAGACGGGGAUCUCAGCGCUGCGCCGCGUCCUCACAGCCUACGCCUUCAGAAACCCCGCCAUCGGCUACUGCCAGAGUUCUGGGGAAGAACGCGUUAGUCGUUCUAGAUCAACGGAGAAUUACAACCAUCAUCUUUCUUUGUUUUACUUUGAUUUGUGUGCGUGUGUGACGUCCUCCAUCUCUCCAUCUCGUCUCUCAGACGCGUGUUCCUCGCUGGCAGCUCAUCCCAGCUACUACGCGGAUCUGCUGGAGAAAUGCAGAGGGGAAAGCAGCAUCGCCACAGAGGAGAUCGAGCGAGAUCUGCACCGCUCGCUGCCGGAGCAUCCGGCCUUCCAGAACGAGACGGGGAUCUCAGCGCUGCGCCGCGUCCUCACAGCCUACGCCUUCAGAAACCCCGCCAUCGGCUACUGCCAGUCCAUGAACAUCCUGGCCUCCGUGCUGCUCCUGUACGCUAAAGAGGAGGAAGCGUUCUGGCUGCUGGUCACUGUGUGCGAGCGGAUGCUGCCCGACUACUUCAACCGCAGGGUCAUCGAGAACCGCAAAAAAACAGCAGACGUGUCUCUGUCGCAGCAAGACCUGUCGGAGCUCUACGACCUCUUCAAGUUUGUCAUGAUGUCUGUGGUGUUCUUCUCAGCUCUGAGCGAGGACGCAGAAGACUCGUCUCCUCUGAAGAGUCCCGUGUUAUCCAGCACCAGACCUCUCUGUGUCAGCGCCAACGGAGAGAGGCAGAGUUAUGAAGAGCAGCUGCAGCAGAUGCUUCAGGACCUGAGCAGAGGAAAGCAGAAGAACGAGGAGAAGCCUCUUCCUCACAUGAACCAGCACCAGUUCAUCCAGUUCUGCAAGACGCUCUACAGCAUGUUUCAGGGCGAUCCGGGCGAGGCCGAGCUCUUCCAGGCCAUUGGGAUGGUCACCAGCCUGGUGCUGCAGAUCGGAGAGGCUCGACAGAGCGGCGAGACCCGGAGCGAGGAGCACUGGUCAGCCAGCUUCGAGCAGAUCCUGGCCUCUUUACUGACCGAGCCGGUGCUGGUUAGCUUCCUGGAGCGACCCGUCCAGCUGACAGCCAGGAUCAGCGCCGCCAAGCCCCGUCAGUACCAGGAGCGCGCCGGGCUGCUGAUGAUCCAGCACACACACCCACGAGUGCCUUGAUCUUCACACAGACGUCUACACAAUCCCAUGAUGCCGCUGGGGGGAGCCGGACUCAACUCAGCCGGAGCUUUAAUGAAGGCAAUCUGUGUGUGUUUCAUCAGCAGCACACUUUACAGAUCUCAAGUCUGACAGGACUGAACUGUUUACAUGUUACUGACCGUAUGAUCAACUCACAUGAAGGAAAUACUGAUCGUUAUUAUUAUUAUCGAACGAUUCUGAAUCACCAGGCGAAUCUGAUGCAUGCUGAAAGCUUCAGUUAGAAUAUUUACACUGCUCUUCCUCAGUAUUUCCAUCUUGUUUUAUAUCUCUAAGCAUUCUUAAAUCAAGACACAUUUACAGGAUGACGCACAACGACAGAAGAUAUUAAAGGUGAGGUUCACCGUGGGUGAACCGUCCCUUUAAGUCUUGUUUUCUGAAAAAAGCUUAAAACAAGAAAAAUCUUCCAGUGGGGUCAGAAAAAUAAU